AUGGCUCAGAGUCUCCCCGUCUACAGUGUCCUCAAAGCUGACUUGAACUCUAUAGAGUACUGCCUUUUUUAUUCUCAUGCUUACUGUCAAGAUGCUCCUUUAAUUCUUCCAUCUCUUCUUCUCUUAGUCAGGUGGUUUGUCGAGAAUGAGAUGCCCCCACGAUCGUCCCAGCAGCCACAGUCGCGUCGCCGGUCCCGCCGCCGUCUUGCUGACGAGGCCCCCGAACAUGAAGCACUUCCUCCAGCCCAGCGCCGUCGAUUCGGCGACGUUGAGAGACCAGAGUUACGGCAGGCAUCUAUCCUGAGUAGUCUGUCUACGCCGCCCGCCUCUGAGUGGCACGACUUGGCUGCCCAGGCAAAAGCCAGAGUCAAUAGCUAUAGACCCUCAAUGGGCCAGAAAGACAAAAAACUGACGCCAUCCAAACCCGCGUCUGAAAUGUGGGCCGCCUUGUACCGCUGCUUUCCCGAAAUUAGAAGAACUGCGAUGAGUUCUACUGAUAUAAAUGAUCCAUCCAACGCCAUUACAAUGACUGCCUACCUACAUAAGGAGUUUGGGAGAUUUUCAUUCGCCUUUCUGGCCACAGUACGCAUAUGUAAUUCAUUUCCAGCUGUCUGUCAUCUAUUUGCUAAUGGCAUUUUUUUAUCUAAGGAUGACGCCAACGUUUACCGUCUUAAAACUUACCCCAAGUUCACCAACGAUUUCUUGACCCUGCUGCCGAAGGAUCUAAAGGUUAGAUUCUGCUCUGCAACAGGCGUAGAAGAUGUCUCUUUGCCUAAUCCAAUACUUUUGAAUGUUCACUGCACCCUGGCCGAAAUCCUGCAUGCCUCCGGCAUGGGGGAGACGAUUGACCAACAGAUGAGAGAUGUGGAGAACAUAGGCGGCUUGAGAGAGGAUGGGAGUACAAAUGUUGCUGGUCUUCUUGCAGGCGCCUUUGGGGGCAGAGUCACGGGGUGA